AUGUCCGUAUUAACACAUUCGACUAAAAAUGUUUCUCAAUUACCUUUUUUCUGUUCAUCAAACUCUCUUAUUUUUUAUCUUGAUGAUUCCACCACAUUUUCUCAAGUACUAACACUGUAUAACCCAUACGAGUUUUCCGUUUGUUACAAAGUGUUAUGCACAGCUUCACGAACAUAUUCUAUUGCAGAACCACAAGGAGAAAUUUAUCCACAACAUUCAGUUGAUAUAAUUGUACGUCUUCUUGAUACAUCAUCAAAUCAAAAUGUUAUACAUAAAAUUCGUAUACAAUAUUUUGAUCGUCGAAAACCACAAGAUCUUAUAGGGAAACGAGAUAUAACAUGUACGUUAUUAUCUUAUAAACCAUUAGAACAAAAUUUUGAUGAUAAAAUUAAUAAUUCAUCAAGUCGAAUAAGAACAAUAACAACAAAAAUUUCACAACAAGAAAUACAUCCAUUAGUUGUUUUAUUUUUAAUUAUUUUAAGUACUAUAUGUACUUUAAUACUUAUUUUACCAACGAUAUCUGAUGAUGAAAGUAGUUCAAAAAUAUAUUUACCAUCUUAUUUACAUAUGACAACUAAUUUCAAGGUCGUCGCUAGUUAUAUUCUUGGUCUUCUAACUGUAAUCUUUAUUCGACGAUAA